AUGGCACUAAACGUAUCUCUGGUGCGGAGCGUCGAUGAGGUGAGAGAAGCGCUCCGAGAGGCAGCACGCACGAAAGGGGCAGGUAAUAUCACGGUUGUUACAUUGGGUUUGAUCGAGAAUAAACUGCAAUUGAUUCUGCAAAUGUUAAUCGCCUCCUGUUAACGCAUAUAUGCCGCAACAAGUCAUUUAUUUUGAUUGAUUCAUUUUACCUCGCUUUGAUUUUAUCUCAGUUUAUGAGCGAUUUUGGUGGAUCCCACAGAUGGCGCAAGGCACCCUCUGCUGGGUUUGAUAUGGGAUAUGGGAUUUACGUCGGUGAAGAUUCCAAGAUGUUGUGCAUUUAUUGUAUUAGGUAAGGCUGGAUAAAGUAUCGUUUUAGAUUUAUUGGUAGAACAAUACUUUUUCAUAUUGCACGUUUUUAUAAUAUCUUGGAUGAAAUAUUUAAUAUUUCAUUAAUUAAGGGUGUAGGCUAAAUUUAGAGUUGUAUUAUUUGACAGUGACGAGCUUUUUUCAUAUUUGAAGAGCUUAUCAAUAACUCAUUGUCCCUCAGGUCUGUGCAGUAGGAUAGAUUUAGGAGUGCUUGAAAGAUCUUUGGCCAGAAAUAGACUUGCAGAGUUGUGUUGGUGUAUAAAGCAUGCAUUAAUGCACAAAUAAUUGAAAGCAAAUAGCAAAAAUGAAUUUAAAGUAUUGUAGUGUCACUUACCCUACAUCUGGCAUUCUUGUUAGUUUAAUAAAUGAAUCCCAUGCAUUCACUCAGAACAUAAGGAUUUAUGCUAUGUCUGCACAUAUUUCUAUGUACAUACAUUUUCCAUCCUGAUCAAUUAAACAAUAAUUCCUGGUUUUAAACUUUAUGAUCCUGUGCAAGCUAAAUCAUAUUGGUGUACUAUAACAAUAUUCAUAUUGAACAAAUGGUAAUAUAACCACUGCCUACUUUACAUCUAGCAAGGCGUUGCUUUUUGGCAGAGGGCAAUGGAUUGAAUGUGAGACAGCCUACAGUGCAGUGGGACUUGGGAAUUGAAUAGAUUUCUUGAAAAUGAUCCAGGCAAACCAACAAAAUCUAGGAGCAGUUGCUCUUUCUUCAGAAUCCCAAUAUUACCCAUUCCCUGCUUAAUUUCAAUGUUUUCUAUGCUUUUAAAGCGAUCAUUCAAGCUGAAAUAAUCUGACAGUGGCUAUUACAGUGGCCUUGGACACCUUAUCCCUGACCCUAAGCAAUCAAUAAGUGAGUGGGAGAGAGGAGGGAGAUGGGAGAGAAUUAUGACAAUCAUUCUCACAGGUAGCCUAUGCUGAUUAUAUCUAAAUCCCACUGACCAAGCAGGCCAAAUAUCUCUCAUGCAACCCUCAUCAUUAAAACUACAUUGAGAGGCAAUUUGGAAUAACUGGAAGAAAAAUGUAUCCUGCCAGAUAUCCUAAAGUCCUGGGAGGGAUGCUGAGGGCUGAUAUACCUCUGUUUCCUCCAUUUUAACUCCAAGAACAACAUAGAAGGAGGGUGACCUACUUUUGGCAUCCUCCCAUUUGUUUCAGAAGAGACUCUUUGCUUCAAAUAGGGAGGCAGAUAUAGAUCUAGAUAAAGGUGAUACAAGACCCUAUUGUUAUUAUAUCAUGACAUAAAACAAUUAUAUUUGGUCUCUGUAAGUGCAAUGCCUGAAAUGUACCAUAAAAUCUAUGACAACAAAGGGGAAUGUAAUGGGCUUUCUUUCCUUAAUGCAUUUUAAUGUAUUUUUCUGUGUUUUGCAGUGUCCCUGGCUGUGGCAAGAGUCUCAGCGGCAGAUGUGAAGUGUGAGAAUAUUUACAGGGACUUCUCUGACUGUGUUCUGGAGCUGGGGGAGAGCAUGGAUAACUACCAGGAGAAUGUGACCAGCGAGAUGGGAGUGGAAGCUGUGUGUAGGUGAGAGGGGUGUGUGUGUGUGCAGGGGCGGACUGGGACAGGGACUGGGACAAUUCGGCCCUGGCAUUUUAUCCACACCAUCAGCCCACAUCACCCUGCCAACUCAAGAAUUCAAGAAAUACAUUUUUGUAUCUAACACGUCCAAGCAGGAAUGCAUGAUUCAAUAUAUUUUUAUGUGCAACCUAAUCCAGUGAUUGUCAUGAAUUUUGGGUUGAAAAUUAGACUAUAUGCUAGUUGCUAUAUUCUACUGUCAGAAUAGCACUCCAGAAUUUCCUCUUUUUUUUCAAAAGAGAUGAAUUAGAUACAUCUAUAUGUGCACUAUCAUAGGCUAAUUAAUUUGGGGUUCAACGCCGAGGGAAGUAGAAACUCAAAACACAUUAACUAGAUCGCUAACUUAAUAUAAUACCCACUGCUAGUAGUCAUGUACACUCAGUGGCCAGUUUAUAAGGUACACAACCCUGUACACGAAAAUGGUUCGCUCCUACAGACAGUGAGUCACGUGGCCGUGGCUUGACACCUGCCUGGUGUCAACGGUACAGGCUGGUGGCGGUGGUGUAAUGGUGUGGGGAAUGUUUUCCUGGCACACGUUAGGUCCCUUGAUACCAAUUGAGCAACAUUUGAACGCCACACCUUGUAGAAUCCAUGCCUCAAAGAAUUCAGGCUGUUCUGGAGGCAAAGUGGGCUCCAACCCGGUACUAGAUGGGUGUACCUAAUAAACUGGCCACUGAGUGUAUUUAUCUAACAAUAAAUGUAAAGUCCUAAAAAAACAUGUAGGCUACAUGUCUCAUAGCUACUAGUUGUAGGCUAUGAGAACUUAUUAUUAUAAUUUUUUUAUAGGCCUAUGCCCUCGCAAUGGCCAGGUCGCAUUUUGCACGCACGCCGCUCCAUAUCAUAAAGCCAUAUCAAAUAUAUUGGUUGUAAAAUAGUUGCUAUUGAGCUGAAUAUUGAGAGUUGAGAAAUAAAAAGUAUAGGGACAGAAAGCUGAGACCCUCAUCUCAUCGACAGGGACAAGGGGACGAAGCUUCCAAAGCUGUAUUUUCCCCGCAAUUGCAUAACAUGUUUUAUAUAAUCAGAACGCAUUUUCCUCCCGAGCACAUGGCGGGCGAGGAGAGUGGCUCGCUCAUCACAGCAGCAGGCCCCAGCGAGGACACAGACACAGGGGCAGGGAAGACACUUUCAUUACAGGAAUCAUGAGGAUAAUGCACUUUACUGUUUUACCAAAUCAUGAUUUUAGCUGUGCAAAAAAUAGGACGUUUGAGUGAGGUGACAAUGUAGAAUGUGCCCUUUCUAUGUUUGUAGGCACCCUUUCCAUUUUUUACGAUACAUGAUCUUGUCUGUCGAACUGAUGACAGAGUCGGAGUAGGUCUCUUUGCUGAUGCCGUGUUUGACUUUGAAUGUGAGUUUGUUUGACCUCAGUUCAGCCUAUCAGAAAACCGGGCUGGCCCAUCUUGGUAGGGAGGCUGGCUGUUUCCCACUGAUCUGCCAAAGGCUCACUAUAGAUUACUAUAACAGAGAACAGGCCCAUGGGCUACCGGCCAUGUAACCUUUUAAUGGUUUUAUUUUUAUAUAAAAAAGUGUGUGUCAAUUUCGAAUUAAAAAAUGGUCCAGCCCAUCUGGCAUUUGCCAGAAUUGCCAGAUGGCCAAUCUGCCCCUGUGCGUGCGUAUGUGUGUGUGCAAUGUACAGCAUCCUCUAUCCAUCUGCACUUACUGUACAUCUGCGUUUGCAGCGCACCAGGAUCUCAUGGCAGAUAGAACGUAUAGAACAGCGUCUGUAUUUUACCAAUCAGUCUCCUUCUGCUUGCUUAUAUCAGAUCUUGCAUUGAAAUCCAUCGAGGUGUGUACCUUGCGGAAGAACAGUGGAGAGAAGAAAAAUAUGCUGUAGCCGAGGGAGAUAGCAGAAAUGAAUGGUGCUGAAACACAGCCACUGUACUGAAUAAUUUAUGACUUUGCUGCAGCAGUAAUGAAAUUCUGAGGCCAUCUUGUUUUUUUGUAAUUGUUAAUGUGUGCAUUCCAAUACUAUAGUACAGUAUAUUACUGCCUAAAGCUGAAAAAUGUCUCCUUGCAGCAUCAGCUAUUUUUUCUAAUCUAAUUUCUGUGGCUACAAAAUAAAGGAGGGUUGAUCUUGCAAAACGCAAUAAUUUAUAGUAUCGCUGGGCAGUAGUAUAAAAACAACAAUUCAAAACAAUAAUACAACAAAAAAUACACCUUCAGCCGUGUGUGUUUACAGGAGAGCUUUGAAGCCUUGCAUGUGCGGCGAUUAAAGUGUCAGAUAAAUCAAACCAAUAACAUUCUUAAUCCAAUAGAUUGUAACCAAUGGCAUGUUUUCAUGUCAAAUAUAAAUGAGGUAGUGUAUGUGUCGAUGGAUAUACAUAAAAUACAUUUGACUGAUGGCUCUUUCACCCCUAGCCACUGGGAGGCAUUCCACACGUGUGCCCUGACGGCACUGUCCGGGUGUCAGGAGGAGGUGGGCUCCAUCUGGGAGACCCUGAAAGAAGACUCCAGGAAGAUCCGCUUCCAGGGCAGCCUCUUCGACCUGUGCAGCCCCAGCUCGGCCCCCAGCCUGCGCUUGCUUCUAUCCCCUCUACCCCUGCUGCUCCUGGGCUUGCUGAUCCUGGGAGGGCCCAUCUGGCCAGCCACAUAGGUGGGGGAUGCCUCCCUCCUCCUCCUCGCUCCCAACCCCAUGCACUCUCACAUUCCCCAGGGUGGCCGGCCGCAUCCUGAGCACAUCUGAAACCUGAAGCCAAGGAUAG